ACUGAUUGAUACGACUAACAGAUACAUACAGCAGAGUGGUGCGGUGGAAUCAUUAUGUUUAUUAUUAAUGUUUUCUAAUUAUUUGUCUAAUACGUAAUGAACUACGAUGAAUAACUAAAACAUCGACAAGGUUGAAAGCGAUUGCAGCUACAUAGUUGACAGACUGGUGAAAUAAUUGAACAAGCCUAAUAUAUCAGGGGACUCAUCGAGUCUAUCUGCAUAUGAUAGUGGGAGGAGGAGCUGCGGCGCAAAAAGUCAGACACCAACCCCGUGCCAGUAGAAUGGAUAUGCAAGCAGAAGACGAUCAGUGCAAAGUCAAAAGCAGUGCUUUUGGUAAUGGAGAUGUAGACCAAAAAAGACAAUACAAAUAUGUUGAAAAGAAUGAGAAAGUUCUUUGUGAACUGGAGAUGCCAGCAGGCAAACAAACAGCCCAUGUUGUGCUGGUGAAGCAUCGGGAAGAUCCCCAGAAGGGCCAUGAAGACAUGUGUUCUGUGGACAAACAAGCUGUGAUGAAAUCUGUCUCUGCAGUGGAGUCCGAUGACCAACCAAGCUGUAUAAAAGGCUACAUGGACCAAAUUGUGCUGGAAUCUUCCAAAAUCAAGGAGACCAACGAUCUGAAGACUAAAUUACAGCCAGAAGAGCAGGAGUCUGUCAGAGCAGGGAGCAAUGAAGGGGAAAUGAGAAGAGAAAUAAAGGCAGAUGCACUAAAUGAAGCAACAGAGGAAUGCAAUCAAGAUGAGGAACUAGAGGCAACUGAGAAGAUAAUGGCACAGGGAACUCUGCUGGCUUGGAAAGUGCUUAGGGAGAGCCUGAAAGAGCUAAGGGAGGAGGCAACAGAGGGGGUGGUUCAAUUCUGUGAGGGGCUUAAGCAGAAGAACCCCAUGAAACAAGGGAGCAGAGAAAAGCAAAGUAUAGAGGAGAGAAGGCAACAGAGAAAAUCCUGGAGUUCUGAUGAUAUUCAAGCUAUGAGAGAUGAGAAUGGAGAAGUAGACAGGGAGAGGGAUGAUGGCUGGGAAGAGACAGACAGGAGUCUUGAUCAGAAAUGGUUGUCAGAUAAAGGCAGGACAGAAGUCAUCCAGACCAAGUCCCGCUUUUCUGGCUUCUUUCAGAACAAGCUGGCCAACAACAGAUGGAGGGGCCUCUCGAGAACCAAGAAGAGCACCUUAGAGCAUCGAGAGCUUAUUAUGGAAAGGAGCCGCUUCAUUCACUGUCAGUGGUGCCUGCGUAGGCAGAGUAUGUGCUCCACCCAGCUCACCAUGGAACAAGGGCAAAGUGGGGAAGCAGGUGAAAGUGAAGGGAAAGGAGCCCGAGAACCUGGAAAUCACAAGUGGAACCUCAGAAAUAAGGAGAAGGGAGAAGAGGAGGAACCGGAGGAAAAUGAGGAACAUAAGGGACAGAAAUGGCUGGGUAAAAGCAAGGAUGAGCCUGGGAAGGAAAGCAUGCAUAAAAAAAUAAUGCAGAGGAGAGACAUAAAAGUCAUUACGACAAAAACCACUGGAGUGGUAGGGACUAAAAUUAAAGGGAUCACAGAGAUUGAGAAAAAUAAACAGACAGAAAAUACAACUGGAAAAGCAGAGCUGAAAAAAGACACUGCUGUAAAAGCUGACCAGAAAGCAAACAUGGCACGGGAGAAACAAACAGGGGAACCAAAAAACCAAAAAAAAUCAGAGAAUUGGCUGAAGAAAGUGGAGUAUGGCAUCACCUUGGGAGGGUCCUUUUAUAUUGUAGAAGGGAGAGAGGGUGAAAAGAUGACAAUAGGUCCUUGUACAGGGCACCCAGAUACCACUAGGGAACAAAAAUCACAGUCAGAGUGCCACAGAUCUACAAAGGACACGAUGGAGGUGAUGGUGAGAGAGGCACAAGUGAGAGCUAUAGAACAGGUUAAAUCCAGUCAAAGCUUUGAUGGAACUCAAAGGUCAAAGGAAACAGGCAGUCAAGACUAUCUCAGCGAUAGUAUGGAUAGUAAAGCAAAGGGCAGGGCAGUGGAGGGAAAGAAAGAAGAGGGGAGUUCUUCAAGGAAAGGAGUCCCAGAAAAUACGGGAAAUGGACCAGAGAGCCGAGGUGGUCCACCAGACAUGAACCCAAAAGGAAGGGAUGGGGUUCAUUUAAAAGCAGUGGAGAGGAGGGACAGGAUGGUGGACUGGUGCAGCUGUAGUGAGGUUCCAGAUACAACAUCUGGACAUGGUGUCCCCAGACAUACAGAACAUAAUUACCUUGUUAAUAAACAGCGAUUUGUGAAGAAAAAGGCACAGGAAUGUCAGAUUGAGUAUGCUGGUGUUAAACAAUAUACAGAUGCAGGAAGGACAGGCUGGAGAGAAUGGAGAAGGAGGAAAAACAAGAGCGAAAGAGGAGGAAACAAAAUUUCCAGGGUUGUAAGCAGAGGGGAAAGAAAAGGCCAGAGAGAUGGAGACCAGCACUAUGCACACAGAUGGAAACAAAGUCCAGGAGUUGAAGCUGAAGGAUACUGUGUGACUAGAAGUGGUAGAAAAGGUACAUGGGAGGUCAGUGUUUGUGAAUCAGAUCCUCUGUGCGAUACUGCUGGCCUGGUCUCACCACCUAACCCAGAGUCCCAAAUCCGAAACAGACGUCUCUCGCCUGGUUCAGGCAACAGUGGUGGUGGAGGCGGCGGAGGAGGGCGAGUCAAUAGGGACACAUGUCAGAAUUUGCCUCCCCUGUCUGAAAACCACACACACAGGUACCCAUACGGCCACACCUCUACGUCUGACAGGGACAAAGAACGCAGGGGCCAGCCUCACAGCAGAAGCUUCCGGAAGGAGGCUCCAAGGGCGGGCCGGGCUACAGAGAGGGGACAGAGGGAGAGAUGGGUUGAGGACAGUUUGUCGCUCCUUAAGCCUCCCCCAGCAUUUCCCGUGCAGGACAGCCCUGCCAAAUUGCAGCCAGCAGUCAGCUACGCGUCAAAGGUGAAGCAGGGCGGAGCGGGAAGUGUCGCAGAAGACCUGCCCGGCAUUGGGGUGCUCCUACAGAACCAGUGGGGGCUAAGUUUCAUCAGCGACUCCCCCCAGAAUGCAGACAGCUCAGGACCCACCACACAGAAUGGUCCGUCCCAUGGUUCCCCCCUCAUUCCUUCAUUUGGUAGUGGUGUGACCGACCCCGCUGGCAACGCGUCUCUUGUCUCUGAUGGGUCUGUUCCCACCGUGUCCACGCUGCCGGUGGGAAAGUGUGGGCUGGAGGCUGAGAGCCCCCCAGAGCUGUUGCUUGGUUGCCGUCAUCUGGUGGAAGCACUACGCUACCACACUCAAGAGUGGGGUGCCAUUUACAGACAACAUGAAGAAGAUCCUACGAAGGUCAUCUGGUACAAGGACCUGUUGGACCAUCCAGCUUAGCAGACCUACAUAGAUGAUCCUGCUGUCCACACACAGAUUGAUACUUUUUACACAUGCUUGCACUCAUCACUCAUUUGCAGUGAAAACACACAUACAGAACCCCUUUAGACUAAUUUCUUAAGACGACGUUAAAGGUGACUGGACUUCUGAUGCCUUACAACAGAGCCUGCCUCAGAUUGGACCUUGCUGCUCACAGCAAAUUGUAACUUAUUUUUUUGUGUUAUGGAGAUCUAAUUUUAAGUCUGUUUUAAUGACCUGCAGUUUUAAAGACAGCCUUGUCCCCCUCAUUUAUUGAUGAAGCACUUUCUUCUAAAUAGUGACCAAACUUUGUAUUCCUUAUCCAAACCUUACAUAGGUUUGAUUCUUAGAGCUUAACUUAAAUAUAUAUUUUUAACACUGAAAAUGAUCAGACAUUUAUUGAAUUAAGCAGAAUGAUGUGCAGCGCUGUCCAGAUCGAUUCCACAGUAAAGUUUAUGGCUGAUGUUUGGCUUAGGUCCUCCAAGGAUAAUGGUUGAGAGUGUGGUCCACCAUUUGAAACUACAGUACACUGGAAGAAGUUUUAGGGGAAAUUUAGCAGUAUUUCAUAAUAAAAAAUGAAUAAACAUGUUUUUGCUUAUUCAUUACAGCUUAAUGUUCUUUGUUCUGAAAUACUUUUUCCUCUGUAAGGACUCCCAUUUCUGGAAUCAUGACACUGACAUCUGCUGCAGUUUUCUUGUAUGACCUAUAAGCUGGUGAUCAUUCACUGAAGAUCCUGAUUGAAUUCUGUUCACUUGGGCUGGUUUGAUCCUUCCUUCUGAGGUUGGUAAGGGGUUUGGAGAGCCAGAGGCAACCCGUGUGUCAUUCUGCUCUCUGGGACCUGGAGUGAGCCCUGCUUUGUGUCAUUCUGUGACCCCAUUUGAGGCUUGUAAAGUCUAAAUUCUUGUUAACCCUGUUGCUAAUAAAAGUCUUAGUUUAAUGUAGACCUAGAUACAUUCCUCCCUUUUAUGAACACUGAAAUAUUAAUUCAUUUUAAAAUGUCAUUUUUAACUCCUAAGUAAACCGUCUACCUGUCUUCUGGUUGCUAAUAGCAGUCUGGUUAGUGACAGGGCAUGGAGCCUUUACGGCACACAAGGCUGCAGUAUACUCUGAAUGGGAUGCCAGGUUGUCGUAGGGCACCUAAGUAAUAAUGAAGCUCAUUUUGUACCUGUUUUUUUAUUAUUUCGGUGAGGCUCAACCCAUGGGAAAUAUUUUUUAGGACAAACUCAACUGAUUUUUUUUUUCACAUGCAUUGUCAGAUAACACAGUUUUGUUAUAAAGGACUGAAUAAAGAUUUGAAAUCCCAA